AUGAUUCUCUCCCUGGCGGCAGCAGCAGCCAUGAGCGGCGGCGGCGGCGGCCUCAACUCCUCCUCCUUCUCCCUCGACCCCUUCGACUCGUCCACCUCCUGGAGCGUCGGCGAGGACCCGUCCAACUCCUCUUCCUCCUCCUCCUCCUCCUCGGAGCCCGCCGGGCGCACCCUGACCCCCGACCUCCGGCCGGCCACCGCCUCGGCGCCGCGGGAGCUGAACCCGUGGGACGUGGCGCUGUGCGUGGCCGGCACGCUGAUCUCCUGCGAGAACGCGCUGGUGCUCGCCGUGCUCGGCCACUCGCCGGCGCUGCGCGCCCCGAUGUUCGUGCUCAUCGGCUCGCUGGCGGCGGCCGACCUGCUCGCCGGCCUCGGCCUCGUGCUGAACUUCGCGUUCUCGUACCUGGCGGACGGCCGGGCGCCGUCGCUGCUGUCGGCCGGGCUGCUCAUCGCCGCCUUCUCGGCGUCCGUGCUCGGCGUCCUCGCCAUCACGGUGGACCGCUACCUGUCGCUGUACAACGCGCUGACCUACCACACGGAGCGCACCGUGGCCUUCACCUACGCCGCCGUGGCGCUGGUGUGGACGGCGUGCCUGGCGCUCGGCCUGCUGCCGGCGUUCGGCUGGAACUGCCUGGGCGACGAGUCGGCGUGCAGCGUCUGCCGGCCCGUCACCAAAGCCAACGCCGUGGCGCUCGCCGUGGCCUUCCUGCUGGUCUUCGCCCUGAUGACGCAGCUCUACCUGCAGAUCUGCCGCAUCGCCUUCCGCCACGCGCAGCAGAUCGCCGUGCAGCACCAGUUCGUCGCCAUGUCCACCACCAAGGGCGUGUCCACGCUGUCGGCCAUCUUGUGCGCCUUCGGGGCGUGCUGGCUGCCGUUCGCCACGUACUCCAUCGUGGCCGACUCCUCGUACCCGGCGGCGUACACCUACGCCGCCGCGCUGCCCGCCGCCUGCUGCUCCGCCAUCAACCCCGUCGUCUACGCCUUCCGCAACCCGGACAUCCAGAAGUCGCUGUGGAUGGCGUGCUGCGGCUGCGUGCCGUCCAGCCUGUCGCUGAGGCCGCGGACGUCCAGCGACGUGUAGCGGGGGA